AUGCAGAAUUGGCCCGUCUGUCUGACUAGACGGGCGCUGACGUCUCGUGGAUCUCUCACACCCUCACGCACCGGGGUUUCCUUCUGCGCUGCUCCCCGACCCUCUUCACCGUGCUCGAUCCGGCUCGUCUGCGCUUGUCACCGCUGGUCUGGUGUCGGACCGGCUUGGCGUGCCCGUUGUGCUGGUCCUCUCUCUGCGCCAUACUGCUCUCCCAGCCACCCCCGUUCCGACGGCAUAAACACAGAAACGAGAAAACCAACCGGCAAGCACGCAAGCAGCAGCCGUGGCGCCCCUCCCUCCUACUCUCCCCGUCCGUCGUCAACACAGAAUGUCCCGCAAGGACGAGGAUGCCAGCGGCACGAGCCCACGUCGCUCCAGCAGCACCUCCUCCGAGGACACCCCCAUAGCCUCCGCCGACACUGCUGCAAAGAAGCCCGACACGGAGGGCACGUCUUUCCCCAGAACGGAAAAGCCCCCCCAGAGCCAUGCUACCGCCCCAACAGACGCACCCCAAACUACCACAGCCUCCACCACCAGCGACACUGAAACCUCUCCGAAGCACUCCAGCGUCGAGAAUAUCGUCCUGGAGACAGCACAAGAAGCCCCAAAGACCGAGUCAACAGCCGAAUCCAACUCGGAAGCGCCGCUUCCGCAGCACGUCCUGCUGAAGCCGUCUGCUUCUCAAAAGCAACCCAACUUCCUCCGCCAAACACUCCAGAAAUACCCGCAGUCGGACGAGGACUACUCGUCGUCGUCUUCCUCGGCCCGAAAAUCUUCUCCCGACAACGCCUCGAAGCAGAAAGAUGCGCAGCCCGCAAGCAGUUCUACAAAAGAGGACACCCAAGGCAGUGACCCUUCUGUCGAAGCCUUUCAGCUGCAAUCGAAAAAGAAGAGAUUCAGAAGAUCGUACAAUUGCGGACCAUGUAAAACUCACAAAAUCAAAUGUGAUAUGCGAAUACCAUGCGGAAACUGCGAGAAGUACGACAGGAGAGACGAAUGUUUGAAAGACCCUCCCAAUCCACCCACAUAUCAGCAGUACUUGAUCAAGCAGGAGAGAAAGCGUAAGUAUCUUGAAAAAAGAUACCAUCUCGUAUCCUCGAGACAGGAUCAGACUGCGCAGGAACCAUCCAAAGGUGAGGCUGCUGAUUUUACCGCAAAGCAUACUCACCUGUCUCCACCGCAAAAGCUCCAGUACGAAUUGACCAGCAAGCCAUACAAUGAUGUAUUACAGCAACCUUCGAACACAAUCUCCCCAAAACCUUCUGUGAAUAGGUCAGAGAGUUUCAAAUACAGCCAGCCACUUUCAAACAGUUAUGGAGAGCACGAUUAUCGUGUUAACACAAAUCCUCUUAUUGACUACAAGAAUUACUAUCAAGGAGCAGGUGUACCAACGAGUACAAACGUCCAUCAGAAUACCCCGCAGAUACCCAUCUUCCAACAACAGCAUCAACAACAACAACAGCAAAUGCAACAGCAACAACCACAGCAGCAACCGCCACAAAAUCCUGCGUAUGCAUACUAUCCAGACCUGGCAGCACAUUAUCCUCCUCAAGUGCAAAUGAUGGCUCCUCAAUCAUACGGCAGUCAUCCUCAAAUACCUCCUCAGACACGGUUUAGUGAGAGAGCGUUUCAACCAAGCUCCACUGUGCCUCAAUACAUGGAGGCGCCAUACGUGCCUCUUCUGCAGCCAAUACUGCAACCUUCAUCUUAUGAGACGCUUCCACCCGUACCCCAAUACCCUUCACUGCCACAGCAUGUACGUUUACCAGCGAUCUCAGAACCACAACACGUAGCAUCAGUUUCUCAUGUACCCGGACUUCCACCUCCACCAAUGAUGGUCAGUAACCAAAUGCAUGAGCAAUAUGGGUUCAGGCUCCCAAUUCAAGUUCCAUCAUACCCAGGUCAGCCCUUGGUAGCAGGGAGAGAACAGUACCACGCCCCCUUUCCAGGUCAAGAACAGGCACCACCAUGGGCUUCUAACCCUUCCAAUGCAUACAUGCCAAACACCAAAACUCUGGUUCCUAGGGCUUACGGACAGAGUAACGGUGGUGGAAAUGCCACUUUUCGACUUCCAAACAUGGAUAAUAUUGCUGAGGAGCAAGUUUCCAGCUACCGAAGGCCUCCAAUUCAGCAGCUCCCAAACCAGGCAGUGACAAGAAGCACAGAGACUAAUUCUAACUUGAGCAACUUCGACGGCUCUCAAAAGUUGACUUCAUUGUCCUCCGUGUCGUCUUUGGCAGAUAGAUUUGCCUUUACUUCUGGGGCGAAGCAGCAGAAGAGCACAAGACAGUAGAAAGCUUUGUCACAAGAAUGAAGCACAAUGUGGUGAAGUAGGGGCCAGGGGAGACAGGCAUUCGUAAAAAUUAUUUUUAUUCAGGCAAAAAUUAAUGUAUAGAUUAUCAUAUAAUAUUAGCUGCAUCUUAUCAUAAGAGCGUAAAAGUUUAAUGUUUAUAAUUAUACUCGUUUUUUUUACCCCCCAG